GACUUUGUGACCAUCUUUCCUAGAUAUCUUUCAUUGUAUAUUUUUUCAUUUCUUGACCCAAAAUCACUUUGUAGAUGUUCUCAGGUUUCUUGGAACUGGAAAACUUUAUCUGAAAAUGAAAGAAUCUGGCAAAUGAAGUGCCUGCAACACGCCUGGUACCUGCCGACUCUCAACACCCCACAACAACAACAGAGCCACACACUGAGCACCACAUGUGCACACAAACUUCAUUACAUCGCAUGUGCUAGAACUCUAGAUUUC